CAAUCAGCUGUGAGAUUACUUGGACGCCCUGCCCAAACAACACAGACAACAGCACGGAUCGCUGGAAACACCGCGCCGCAUAUUUAGAUUAUAAAUUAGAUCGGUUUUGUUAAUCUGUUUAAAGACUUUUUGCUGUGGUUCCAAAAUGAGCGACGUCGGAGCGGGUAACUUUAAACCUCGCUGAGACGAUGUGAUAGCACAGUAACGUCAACCAGGCACUGUUAGCUGCUGUUAGCAAGGUGUCGGAUGCUAGCUGACCUAGCUAAUAUAUGUGAUAACCCGGCAGCUAGUUGUAAAAGUUGUUUUAGAGCAGCUUUUUUUGUAAAGGUAACGUUGUGUCGAUGAGCUGCUGAACAUUUCUGCGUGUUAGGUGUAAGUGAACAAGGCAACCGACUGGCACAGUCCGAUGUGUUUAUAUCCAUUAGCGCCGUUGCGUGCUUGAAAUUUAAGCUAGCAGGCGAACGUUGAGUUAGCUUAGCUGCUACACCAACGACAACAUCCACCAAACUGGACAAAACAUUGGAUUUAGUCGGGUUUAAGUCGGGCUCGGCGGGUUCGCUGACCCCUCAGAAGAAGAUGAAGAAGAGGAAGGAGCUGAAUGCCCUCAUAGGACUCGGGGACAGCAAGAGAAAGAAGACCAAAAAGGGGUCCGGACACCGACUUCUCCGAACCGAGCCGCCGGACUCAGAGUCCGACUCGAGCUCGGACGACGACGAGUUCAACAACCUGAGCGGCGGCGCCAACUUUGGGAAAAGAAGCUAUGCGCAGUGCUGCAAUGUGUGCUACCCCCUGUUUCUGUUCAUCAUACUAGCUGCCUGUGUCAUGGCCUGUGCUGGACUCAUAUGGAUGCAGAUUGCUCUGAAAGAAGAUUUAGACUCACUGAAAGAAAAGCUGCACAGCAUGGAAUCCAGUCAGAAGGUGUCAUCAGGAGAAAUACCAAAACUAAGUGAAGACCUGAAAAACAAGGAGAGAAAGCUUGACGACAUUGAGAACGGGGACAAGGGGUUGAGCAAACUCUGGUCUAACCUAACAGAAAUGAACAGAAAGAUCAGUUUGCUGGACUCUGCUGUAAACCAUUUAAAGGCAAACUUGAAAUCAGCUGCUGAUUUAAUCAGCCUUCCCACAACAGUGGAAGAACUUCAAAAGAGUGUUGCUACCAUUGGCAGCACACUAACGAGUGUACAGCACGAUGUGAAGACUAUGCAGGCAGCUAUUGAAAAUCAGAAGAAGGACGAUGACUUGAAGAAGACAAUGGACAUAACAGACCUGAGAAAAGCAGUGAGUGAGGCUAACAAGACAGAGGAGCAGCACCAGACAUGGACUGCUGAGCAGAUCCAAAUCCUCCUGUCUACUGUCGCAGAUCUUCGUCAGAGAGUGGUCUCAUUAGAAGACGGGUCAAAACAGAGAUUAAAGGACAAUGAUGCAGCAGCUCAACCUGUAACCACGAGUGAAACUCCUGCAGCUGAGGUGGUGAAAGAAGCUACCACAACCAAAGCAACACCUGGAGAUGUGCACGAGAUGUCCACACCAUUGACAGAGCCGCACACAAGCAGACGUCCACGCUUCUUAACUCCAAAACGCUCCAAGAGAAAUGCUGAGAGAAAAUGCCAAAAGAGGGUGUCCCUGCCUGGUGUCAGUUCUCUGAAAGACUUGGAGGACAUCUUCCCACAGGCAGACAUUGGACAUAAUUCACUCGGAUUAUCUUACCAAGACCUGAGGAAAGUAUUUGGAACAUCAACUCCCAGUGCUCGUACCUUGGCAUGCUUUGACAAUGACGGGGACCAGAGCUACUCCCUCACAGAGCUUAGAGCUGCUGUGGGUCUGUGAGCACAUCAUCACUGACCGCAGUGAACAGUAUUGAAACCCAGUGGGGUCCCAGUGGGGGGUUUGGAGUUUCCCCGACCCUCUUCUGUAAUUGCUGCACUUUUGUGAACUGAAUAUUUAUCAUACUGAUUGUGGAACAGUGGCACUGGCAUGCCCCCUACUCACUCCCCCCUCAGCCCAUCUCAACAACCUCAGCCACAAAACAUUAUCUUAAAUUUUAACAGUAUGAGUACAUGUAUGCAGAAUAUUCAGCUCUUAUUUUAGCAGAUCCCUUGGCUUAUAUUGAUAAACCACAAAAAAAAGUGUUGUGAAUUAUUUCCAAUCCCGUUUUUGUUCUCAAAAACUGUUUUCCUGCACCUGUUUUUUGUUCUUUAUUAACCAGUCUGUCUCAUUUUGAUGUAACAUUUAUGUGCAUCUCGUUUCUGUAGAGGCUGUAAAUGUCAGCCUGUUGCAGAUGACCCCACCCACCCACACUGACACCUGGUACAGCUCACCUAACCCUUAUUUAUAGAAACUCCAGAUAGAAUUUUAUGAAUGUUUACAAAUGACUACUAGAAACAGACUUUUUGUGAGACUGGUUUUAGACGGUUUCCUAACUUAGCUGAAACACACAAUUGAGUGUAAGAGUAAAGAGUUUUGUAUGCUCUUUUCUAAGCUGAAGCAAAAGUUUCUGAUUUAUUUUUCUGUUGAGUGUAUUUCUCAUUUAUCUUCAGUUAGCUGAAAUUGGAAUUAUGUGUCUAGUCAAGCUGUACAUUUAUUUGUAGUUUGUUUUUGUUCUUGUUUUUUUUCUCUCAUCAGUUCUACAAAGUUUGAAGGGCUAUGAACACUUUGAAUCAGCUGGAUAGAAUUUUUUGAAGUGGUAACUCAUGGGGCAUAUGUAGCAAUAACAAAAUGACGUAGAUAUUGCUUGAUUAAAAUUGCAGUAGACAGAAGGCACACCUAGCUCACAACAUAUAACAGGUAGUAUUAGAAGCACUGACCAUCACUCUUUACUUGAUUCAUUUUAUUGCAUUUUUAUGGACCUAAUAAUGGUGUAUUUACAUAACAGAUUUGUCAUACUCAAACACGUUGUAAAAUGGUGUAAAUGUAUUCUCAAUUAUCUUAUGAAAGGGGGGUUGGGUUGGUAAAAUUUGCUUUACAGUCUUAAUCUCAACAUUGUACAUUUUUAAAAAUAAUUCUGUUGUGCUUUGCAUGUUGCUUAUAAUGUAACAUGAACAAAUAAUUUAUAAGCUUAACAUAGUUGACUACUUGUUUUUGCAGGACAAUGGUUAGUUGAGCUCAAAGUGUAAAAUAGCAUCAGCCAUCAUGACUUAGAUUUUGGGUCCAUGCUGCUGCUGUACAUGAGAGAUUUUAUGAAUGUUUUUUUGUGUGAGCACCAAUGAAUAAACACUCAGUUAAAGGUUUAA